AUGGAGACCUGCGGCCCGAGCUCGUCGCCGGCGCAAGGUCGUGUAUCCCUCCUCCCCGACCCUGGGUUCGCGUACUACGGCAUCUCCUCCAACCUCAUCAGCUACCUGACCGACCCGCUCGAGGAGAGCACGCCCGCCGCCGCCGCCGUCAACGCCUGGUCCGGUGCCGUGUCCAUGUUGCCGCUGCUCGGCGCUGCCGUCGCCAACUCGUGGCACGGCCGCUACCGCACCAUCGUCGCCUCCUCCAUGCUAUACAUCACGGUAAGCCAACUCCGCACAAUGCCCCCUGAUUCGUUUCCUUCGUCGACGCCAAGCACAACUUUCUUUCUUCUGCUCAAUCAACUUUUUUGUGGAUCUUUUCGGUAG